AAUACGAAGGCACAGCAUUUAUAAACACACAAGGCUACAACUACAUGGAUUGAGCCAAAUUGCGUGUAAUUGCUGAGAAAUCUAACAACGAUGGCGACUGAUAAUUGCCUUUUUUGCAACAUUGCCAGUGGCCAAGAUGCCGCUACGAAACUAGAGAUUGAAACGGACGAAUUUGUUAUUUUUCGAGACAUUAAACCGGCUUCAACACACCAUUACUUGGCAGUGACAAAACAACAUUAUUCCAGCCUCAAGUCUUUGAACAAAUCCCACGACGGUUUGGUCACACGCAUGGAAGAGGGCUUGAAAAGAUUUUUGGAAGAUAAAGGAAUAAGUGAAACAGAUGCAUUGUUCGGCUUCCAUUUGCCACCAUUUAUUACAGUCGGCCACCUACACAUGCACGCAAUUGCGCCUCGUUCGGAAAUGGGCUUUUUCGCCAGAAUGAUGUUCAGGCCGUCAGCAUGGUUCAAAACAACCAAUGAUGCGCACCUUUAUCUUAGAAGCAAAGAAGAGUAACAACUGCUUUCCAUACAAGUAUUUGUAUUAUAAUGCUCAUUCCCCCUUGUUCAUCCUAAACAGUGAUUAUUUUAAUGGUACAAAAUAUAAAAGAAGCAAAGUUCCACAAAAGCAAAGCCAAAAAUAUA